AUGAAGGCGGACCACUGGAGCAAGCCUGCGCGUGACCAGGGGCGAGGGAGGGACAGUAUCCGUAUCCAGUCGCACGAGCGGUUCUUCGACUCGCUCCUCGUGCUGGACCUAGUCCACAUGCCGACGGGGUGCGGCACGUGGCCUGCUUUCUGGACGAUCGGCACUGGUGAAUGGCCAACGGGCGGCGAGAUCGACAUCAUCGAGGGCACGAACGACCAGGGCAACAACCAGUACACGGUGCACACGACUACGGGCUGCAAGAUCCCAAAGAAGAACAAUGACGACCUGUCCGGCAACAACGAGGCUUUCACUGGCGAGGCGCGUGCGCUCGACUGCUCCCCUGUGGCCGGGUGCAGUGUCGACGGCUCGGACCCGGACGGCACCACCUUUGGCCCGGGGCUGAACAAGGCCGGUGGCGGGUUCCUCGUCACGCGCAUCAAGCAGUCUGCGGGCAUCAGCAUGUGGUGGUUCCCGCGCAGCAAGGGGAUUCCCUCCGUCCUGACCGAGGGCAAGGACCAGGUGGACGAGAAGGAGCUCGGCAUGCGUAUCGCCCACUUCCCCGCUAGCGACCAGUGCGACCUCGAGAAGAGUCUGACGGAGCAGCAGCUCAUCUUCAACCUUGCCAUGUGUGGCGGAUGGUGCGCCAGCAGGUACCAGGGUGCAGGACACUGUCAGGCCAAGUACCCCGGUAAGAGCUGGGAGGACGUCAUCUACGACCACCCCGAGGAGUUCAACGAGGCGUACUGGCUCAUCAACAGUCUCAAGGUGUUCCAGCCUUGUGAUGAGUGUGGGUCUGGACCGGACACUGUCCCGCCUCCCGCUUCGUCUAGCGCUCAGCAGUCUUCCGCGUCCCCGUCUCCCUCGCAGUCGAGCUCUGAGUCUCCUUCGCCUUCGCCGACGCCUGAGUCGAGCUCCGAUUCGCCUUCGCCCUCGCCCACCCCCGAGUCGAGCUCCGAGUCGCCUUCCCCGUUUCCCUCCCCUGAGUCCUCUUCCAGCGAGCAGACUCAGCCCUCUUCAACUAUGGAGGAGGUCCAGCCUUCGACUUCGACCGAGGACACGUCCACGCAGACCCUCAGCGUCGGCGAGACGGUCACCAUGGACGGCAAGCCGUGGACGUCCACCUGGUCAACUGCUUGGACGUCUGCCUGGACCUCGGCUUGGACGAGCACGUACACUGUCCCUGCCGCUCUGCCGACGGACUGGAAAGGCCACUUCAACGGCGGCAUCUAUCUCCCCGGUGAGGGCGGCAACGGCGACGGCGAAGCUGGAGCCGGAGACGACGGCGCUGCCCGUGAGAAGAACGAGUUCCAGUGCCUCGGCCAGCACCAGAUGCCGGCCGACGAUGCGUGGGACGAGGCGUACGAGCGCUGGGCGGACGAGUACCAGUGGCAUUACCACUCGCAGGGCAACCGCCGCUGGAAGCAUAAGGUGCUCCGCGGUAACGCGAGCGGCGCGAGCGGAGCAAGCGACGCUCAAUCGGACGAGUCUGGCAAACAGGAGGUGCAGGCUGAGCCGGCCGCCGAGGCCGCCGAGCCUGUGAAGAGGGCUCAGCGCCAUCGCCGCAGCUGGGCCUCGGGAAGCAGGAGGCACUAG